UACCUAAGAUUUAAGAUCGCUACCUGAAUUUCAAUUUUGUUCUGUGAACCUUUUACCUUCGAAGGUCGAAAAGAUUCGACACUUUGAGUGUAUAGAACGUCGUAGAGCGCUGGAGAUAAAAAAGAAAUAAAGAGAUCAACCUUCCUGACCAUCGUUACUUAUAUACUUAAAUUUCUAUCCUUUAAACCAGUGUUUAUUCGCUCCCCCUACUUUUCGAUUAAUUAAUAUAUUCCAAGCUUACCCUUUAAACCCAGUCAUUGACGAUUAGAGGUCGCUUAAAUUCUGCCCCUUUAAUCUAAUCUGCUGGCGUUUUUCGAAAAACUUUCCAAACUCAUCCCUGUUCCUCGUUGAAAGACGUAUCUCGACAAAUCUAUCAAGAGUAAAUCAUUUUAAACUGAUCGUCAUCCUUCAGAGCAGUCGUAGGCUAUCACGGCAUAGACGUCAUCGACGGGAAUCGUGAGCGUGCAUCGUUUUCACCUAAAACUAGCAUCCACGGGGACGAGAAGCGUGUCCUCCAGGGAGGAGGAAUUGUCCCGACGUCACCGAGGGUGGGUGGUUGCGAACGAGGAGCUCGUAAACGUGGUGGUCGUCGAGCUACACACACUACCAGCCAUCUAGAGCAACGGAGAGAGGAACAGAGCGAAAGACGUGGGAUAGCCAAACGCUGGCCAACGUAGGCAGCUCGGCCAUCGGUAGGUGGUAGUUUGCGCUUCGCGGGUGGAAAAGCGGGCGCAAAUGCUAAUGAGCCUCGGUUUACGGGUAGUAGCCGGUGGUAGAGGGGGCGAACGAUCGAAGGGUGAGAGGAGAAGGGUGUCGAAGGUCGAUGGUGGUCGACAGGGAUGCGGAGAGGAACGGGAAGGCAAGAGGGCGUAGCGGAAACGCCUACGAGCCGCUCGAUUGGCCGGCGUCCGAAUGGCGUCCUGGGGGACGCGUGGCGUCGCGACGCCGACCGUCAGCUACCACCGACCAGCCACCUUCGUGCACCCCCUUCGGUGCUCUCGUCCUCGGCGACGAGGUCGACGCGAGAGCCGCGUCGUCGCGCGAGUCUUCUCCGCGAGGAUGGAGCAGCUCGCCCAGUUCGUUUCCAAGAGCUUCGACAACGCGGCUGGCGAACACGCGCCAUGCAGAACAACCACCGAACGACCUCCGUCCGCGAGGAUCACCCUCAGUGUCGCGCAUUUGCUCGGCGAUUCUGCGGAGAACGAUGGCAAUGUCGGUGCAGGGACGAGCGAAUCCGCUCAAGAUCCAUCGAGCGUCGAGGCGAGCAGCGUGGAUGAGCCGCCGUCGCCGGAAGGCCGCCUCCAACCGGAAGAUCUCUCCGUUACGACCAAGAGCAAGGAGGCGAAGGACGUGGUUAACACCGUGGACAGCCUUCCGCCUCUAAAGACGCCGGAAUUAAAGCUCUCCGUAAGAAAAUUGCUAGGAUGCAGUCCGUCGCCACCACCGAUUUCGAGAGAUCGAUCAGCUAGCCCCGAAAAUUGUGUCGAAUUGAAAAGUCAAGCUUCUAACGAAACGAAAUCGUCGGAUUUGAAGCUACAGUCGCAGGUUUCGAGGUCUUUGAUGCAGGGACAGGAAGAGAGUACGAAAGGAUCGAACUGCCGUAACAGCGGAAACGGAAACGGGAAACAGAGAAGAUCUCGAACGAAUUUCACUUUGGAACAAUUGGCUGAAUUGGAAAGGCUGUUCGAUGAGACGCAUUAUCCUGACGCGUUCAUGAGAGAAGAACUGAGCCAGAGACUCGGUUUAAGCGAGGCGAGGGUUCAAGUCUGGUUUCAGAAUCGACGCGCCAAGUGCCGCAAGCACGAGAGUCAAUUGCAUAAAGCAGGUGGAAUGGUGCUGGCUCCUCGAAGUCCGCCAGCGACCCUGGAACCGUGUCGAGUGGCGCCGUACCUGCCGGCCUUGAGGUUGCACCCCCCAAUGCAAGGUGCCGGUGGCAACAUGACCACCGCGGCAGGUUCUGCGUUCGACCCAGCUGUCCUCCAUUACGCGGCAGCCGGCGGUCUUUUCUGUCUUCCACCACCGCCGCCUCCGCCACCGACGUCCAGUCAUCCGCACCCUCAUCCCCUGAGUUUGGCGGCUUCGUUGGCUGCGGCCGCAGCACGUUCCAAAAAUAGCAGCAUCGCGGAUCUGAGACUGAAGGCCAGACGACACCAGGAAGCACUGGGACUCGACAGGCCUGCGUAAAACGAAAAAACUCCGACUUCGAAGUCGACUAACAGCGAUUGUCGCUGUUUCCUUGCACGGUGGUGAGUAUGGUAUCGUUCAGAGAGUUUCUCCGUAUGAUUCGUUGGGUUUCGAAGUUUAUUCGAAGAUCAUUUCGACGAUAGGAAGCGUCUUCGAUCUUGCAGAAUAUUUUCUUCCAUUUACUUUUUGGCGUGGGAAGUAACAGGGGUGGUUUGGAGGGGAAAAGUUUGAGAUCGGAUAAAGUAGAUUUCUUUUGGAAUGGUGGAAUUAUUUUAGAAGAAUAAAGUUGAUCGUAGCCGACUCACCACCGUUGUGAAACUGUGCAGGUGAAUAUCGAUUCGUUUAGAGUAUUUGGCAAGCACUUGACUUCUUGGUCGUCGAGUGUUAUCAAGAUACUCGCUUCACGUAUUCAAUUUUCUAACAAUAACGAAGAGACGUUCUUUCCAAGUAAAUCAUCUUUCAUUCUUUUGUUUCAUUUAAUUCCAUUACACCUAUCGUAGCUAUUUUUUGACGAUUUGGUGAAGCUCUGCAAAAUCGUGAUGCAAGGAUACUCGUCAGCGAGACAGCUGCAUCAGUUCGUGUCCGAGAAGUACAAACGGAGACUCGAUGUGUAUAAAGUGAACAAUUUCCGGGAGAAGUGUGUAUUAUACAUAUAAUAUAAAGUAUUAUACAUAAAUAUAAAUAGUCGAGGGUCAGUAGUAGCUGGGCUUGGAAAUAACGAGUCGGUGAGAAGUUUCAUCCGUCGGAACGGUCGAAAUUUCUCAUUCCGAGACGAAUAAAUUCUUUGUAUUUCGAUUUCUAUUUUCUUCGUUGAACCACGAAGUGAAUAUCAACGAAAUUCUGAAAAUGCAUGGAACGAUGUUGUAGAAUGAUGGGUGUGAAAAAUUCAGAGAUUUCGAUAGGUGUCUAGCGUCUCCAGGCGAUUAAAACGAAUUCGGCGAUGGCGUGUUGAGGAUACAUGAUUGUUCUUGAAUACAUGAUUGUCACACUGUAUACUAUUAGCUUUAAAAUAUAUAAACUUAAAUCUUGUGCGAGUCGUGGAUCAUUUAUUGCUCAUUAUCCUGACCUACGACGAUUUUCCAAUUAACGAGUCUAAUCAAAAACCUAAUCAAAAAGCAAAAGAAUUCUUCCGCUUAUUUCAUAUCGAACCAACCGGGUGCAAUGGAUUCUCCUAACGCGAAAACAGCAUCCUAAAUCGCGAAUUCUCUGCUUUCUCAGCGUUGGUAACGAGCUCGUGCUCAAGCCAUCCAACGACAAAUCGCGCGUCCUGGAACCACCGUCCAAGACAUAAUUCUUAAGGAUGAUUCACGGCUGGUUGGACAGAAGGACUUUUGGUAGCCGCGAUGCCGAAGCGCCCCCGGGACGCUGGCCAGUGGUAUCGUCGUCGGGGCGCUAAUGCAAUAACGCUUUGGUACGCGGAUAAAUCAAGUCGGCCGAAUCGUUCCACCCAGUCCUGUGCCAUCUAAUCGUGUUACCCCUCUCGUCUCCCGGGCGCCAUUACAACCCAUUACAUCUACCUCCUGCUCGUACGUUAGAACGUUACUUCUUCAAGGUUUCUUUCAUUUUUUAGUCUCUUUGCAUCUUCUGUAAUAUCUUUUUGAACACAUUGACGAUUUUAGUGGCAGAAUUCUAUCAUGGAUCGGUUAACACGAUCGUUUUCGUUCGACGGAGAAGAAGAUUAAAGAGAGGAUUUGCUAAAUACUGGAAACAGUAAAAAAUUGUAAAGUUUAAUAUUAGAUUUUUUUAGAUACUCAACGAGCCGCGUUGUUUCGCCGUUCGUUAAUGUAUUUUAAUAGGAGAACUUUGGAAGCGUUCGUGUUUUGCAGGUAAAUCAAGCGGGCGAAUCAGUUGGAAACGCAGCGUCGCGUAAUCGCGUUAGCCGGGAUUCAUUCUGGACGCUCCCGAGGGCGUCGUUAUUGUCCUAUCCGUGCGCGUUCGGUCGUACCGUUGCGAAACGCUA